AUGGGAUUACCACGUUAUCCUGGUGGAACAACUACACCAGGAUGUUUUCGUGUCAUCCCAUGCGUUGAGUACUUGACUCAUUUCUCGAGUGACCGAUCACAUAUGAAAGAUGAAAAUGGAGAAUGGAUAGCACCACCUCCGGACUGGGAACCGAUUUCGAAGAAUGGUUUGAACAACAUCAACGACUUCAUCAGCAUGGAUCCAAACAUACUGCCCAAUAUUAGUGUUGUGCUAGAUGAGGAUGAGAUGCAUCGACGAUUUUCUGGAAGAGCUGAAUAG